UAUUUCAACCACGUAUCCACUCCACAAUGUCAUCUAGAGCAUUAUUCAGAACAUACAGCACCAGUGCCUCUCACCACCCCUUAUCAGUUGUCCUUUGCGGCCGAAAUCAAAAAGUCAGCUCCUCUGUCACCGCAGCAUUGCGACCGGAAUACGAAGUAAUCCAGUCAAUAAUGAGCCCAGAAAUCGGAAAGACUGAGUUACCCAGUCUUCUGCGUGGUACUGCGCCUCCUGCUGCGAUUAUUGUUGGCGGGGGCUAUACGCAGGACGAUCUGGAUUCUAUGCGUGCUGCGUGUAAAGGUCUGAGGCCUACUGCUUGGCUGAAGGUUGAGCAGAGAUAUGCGCCUGGCUCUUCUUCGGGUCAUUUGCCGGCGUUUAAAGACUAUGGUGUGGAGGUUGCUGGGAGAGUGAGGGCGUGCUUGGAUGGAUUGGUUGAGAGAGGGGAUUUGGAUAGAGAUCAGGUUCAGAUUGUCUAGUAACAGGUAUAUUUAUAUCGGCGAUACAAAUAAUAUUGUUUUAUAAUAUCAGUUUGGUCAUUGAUCACUCGACCAGUCGAAGGUCAACAAGUCCGUCAUCAUUGAAUCGGCACUCGG